AUGAAACGAAAUAUUGCUGCUGACUCUGACCCCUUAUCGUUACAGCCUUCGGAGAAGAAAAAGAAAAGUACUAUUAUUCAAGAGUUGGGUUAUACAGACGAGGAAAAUCCUUUUAACGAUAAAACACUUUCCGAUAAAUUUGUAUGGACUAAAAAGGAUCCAUCAACACAAUAUGACUACGAUCACGACCAAUCAAUAACGGACACUAAAAAGAACGAAAUUUUGAAAAUCAAACAACAGAGAUUGGAAAGAGAAUUAGAAAAGAGAAGAUGGGAAAUGGAAAGAGAGAGGGUUUUCAGAGAACGUGAGGCUGAACGAUUUGACGAGUAUGAACAAAAAGAGCUUGGCUUUCAUUUAAAGCAGGCCAACCUUGCGUCUUUUAUCAGACUGAAAGAAAAACGACCUAAGCUGCUAGAUUUUAUUAUUAAUAACAUGAAAUAUUUGAGGUACAAGGAUAAAUUGCUUGGUGAAGACUACGAUAGUCACCUGAUAUUAAGCAGUGAACACGAGAGAAUAUUCGGAGUUGAAUAUAAAAAGCCGCACGAGAUACUGUAUCGUAAGAAUUUGAAGGAUUUAUUAGAAUCUCAGGAAGAUUUGCAAACCAUGAUAGAGUGUGACACAGAUUACCAAGAGUUUUGGAGAGCUCUAAAUGUAAUCAUGAACGAUGAGAUUAACUACGCAAAGGAAAGAGAAAAAAGAAAGGAGAAUGCAAAACUAGAUGAUAGAACAAAGCCAAUCCAUGAAUCAGUGGUAAAUGAAAUUAAAGAACUGUUGUCUGGUAAAAAUAUGGAAGAAUUAUUGGAGAUGGAAAAAUUGAUUGAUGAUACUUUGGACAAUAGAGAUGCUUCAACAGAUGUAGAAUAUUGGGAAGGUUUAAAAAAGUAUUUACAGAUUUACAAAGCUAGAGCUUUCGUAGAAGAAUAUCAUAACAAGGCAUUGGAAGUAUACUCUGAAAUGAAGACAAAGAACAAGCUUGACAGAAUAUUUACUCAUCAUACAAGCACCUCUGAAUAUCAAGCACCCUCCUCAAGUAGACAAAGUACUUCACACGACAACCAAACCUCCAAUGAAGAAGAAAAAUUAUUACGAGAAUUUAGAAAUAAGGAAUCUGAAGAUGGAGACGAAGACGCAGUGGAGGAAGUCAAACUUGUAAAUCAACAGUAUGCUUGGAACGACAAGUAUAGACCAAGAAAGCCAAAAUACUUCAAUAGGGUGAGAACUGGAUAUGAAUGGACAAAAUACAACAGAACUCACUACGAUCACGAAAAUCCACCUCCAAAAGUUAUUCAAGGAUACAAAUUUAAUAUUUUUUAUCCUGAUUUAAUUGACAAAUCUAAUACUCCUUCAUUUAAGAUCGAAAGAGAUCCAACAAGUGAUGAGUUUUCAAUUCUGAGAUUCCAAGCUGGCCCACCAUACGAAGAUAUUUGCUUUAGAAUUGUCAAUCGAGAGUGGGAACGUUCUUACAAGAGAGGUUAUAAGUGUGUGUUUGAAAGAGGUGUUCUCCAGCUACACUUUAAAUUCAAGAAACUAAGAUUUAGAUAUUAA